UAUGGAAAACCACGCAUGCGCAUGAGAUAUCUUGACAAACGUAUGCAACAAGACGGCACAGGCUUAUCCUCACUUGACGAGCAUGCAAGUUGCAGUCGCGACCUCGGAGAGAUGAAGACACGGCUGGCUUGUGUCCUCCUCGUGGCAGCAGCAUGGGCUGCACCACCACCUGUUCCUCGCGUGGUCGGAAACGCUACCGAGAUAGGUGUAGGUCGGGACAAAAGAAACUCCGACUGCUAUGACUACAGUAAUUGGUGUAAUAUGUGCGACCCAUGUGUCCCGUGCUACAACAACCAAUACUGUUACCAGUAUAACUGCUAUGAUCCAUGUUGGGGCUGGACAACGCCUGCGCCUAUUUGGCCUCCUGUAGACCCCAUACCUCCAGUAUGGCCCACUGUCCCUCCUGUGUGGCCCACCAGACCACCCGUUGAUCCUACACCCCCAGUGUGGCCCACUGUUCCACCUGUGUGGCCAACCAGACCUCCAAUUGAUCCAACACCACCACCUUGGAACACUAGACCACCUGUUGAUCCCACACCACCCCCAUGGAACACUAGACCCCCUGUUGACCCCACACCACCGCCAUGGAACACGAGGCCCCCAGUUGACCCCACUCCUCCAUGGAAUACAAGACCUCCCGUAGAUCCUACGCCUCCAUGGAACACUAGACCCCCUAUCGACCCCAUACCUCCAUGGUAUACUCGACCGCCAAGACCAGAUCUGACUCCAGGUUGGGCAACAAAGACCCCAAGACCCACAAGACCAACCUAUGUCCCAUUCUGGCCUACUAAGACCCCACGACCCACAAGACCAACCUAUAUCCCAAUGUGGCCCAUAAAGACCCCACGCCCCACGAGACCAACGUACAUCCCAUCCUGGCCUACGAAAGACCCAAGACCCACAAGACCAGCUUACACCCCAAACUGGCCUACAAAAGUCCCAAUUUUACCGACGCCUACAAAUGCCUAUACAAAACGUGGGUGUAUCAAAGUCUGUGUUGAUGCUGAAGAAAAUUACUACUGCUGCAAUGAAGGUUCCUUAUCAGAGGAGAAAGGAGAAUGCCCAGCCCAGACCAGCGAUUGCCCAGCGGACAGACGCCGUUCAGCUCGAGAGACGCAGCCUGUGUGUAAGUUAGACAAAGACUGUGAAGAUAACCGAAGGUGCUGCUUUGACGCAUGUGAACAGGAUUACGUUUGCAUGGAAGCACAGGCGCCAUUGAAACGCCUAGUGAGAAAUCAGGGAAGCGGUGACGCAGACGAGGACUAGUGACCACCGCAGUACCAGGUCGUUCAUUUCGUGGAGACGACUCCGGGGCCGCCGAGGGAGUGGGUCGUCGCCCCCCCCCCGCCCCCUGGCCCCCUCGCCUCCGCCCCUCGACCAGGCCCCCGACGCCGCCCUCCUCGGCCUCCGUUCACCGCCCCCCAGCGAGGAAGGCUGUGGUGAGGCGCGCCUGCCCCGCCGACGAAACCUUUUGUAUCUUUUGUUUGUUCAAUAAAAGAGGUUGCAAAUUU